AUAUUUAAUCUGAAUAUUUAUAUAAACUAAUAAUGAUUAUUUUCUUUUUUUUUCCAGAGAUAUGGCUAAGUACCCAUUUCAAGCAGACAAAGAACGUUUAGUUAGCACUUUGACUCGAUUUGAUAACAGUGUCACAGUUGAAGAUGUAACUGAUUCAAUUAAAAAAAGUAAACCUCAUCCUUUUCUUGUUCCUGUUUUAUUGGAAACUAUUUGUGGUGUUUUUGAACAUGACACCAGAUACAGACAACUCUUAUUUAAAGAGGUUUGUAACCGUUUAAGUCAGUCCAAUGUUUUAAAUGAGUCUGUCCUUGAUAGCGAAAAUUUUAUUCCACUUAGAAGAAAUACAGCUGAAAGAUUUUUUAACUUUGUUAGAGAAAUUCAUUCAGAAGUUGUGCCAAAUGCUUCUAAAAAUACAGUUUCAGUUGAUUCAGUUUUAAAUGGUGGUGAUUUCUCAACAAAUCUUCAGUUGGAUAAUAAAUAUGAGAAAAAUUUUGAUGAGCUUGAGGUGAUAGCUAAAGGUGGAUUUGGAACUGUGUGCAAAGCCCAGCACAAAGUUGAUGGAAAUAUUUAUGCUGUUAAAAAAAUUAUAUUCAAGUACAAAAGUGAUCCCGAGUACAAUAGGAUGAUUAGAGAAGCUAAAAGUAUAGCCACUCUUAGUCAUCCAAAUGUAGUGAGUUAUAAUAAUGCUUGGGUAGAAUGUUUACCACCAUCUGACUCUGCCCAAGAACCGGAAUCAAGUUCAGAAAGCAACAGUUCUGAUUCAUCUGAAGGAUCUGAUUCAGCUUCAGAAGAAAUCUCCAACUUGGAUGCUCUGAAUUCUGUUUUAGAGUGUGGUAAUUUCAAUUCAAAUUUCAAGAAUAAUGUAAAUAAAGCUUACAUUAGGAAAGGUUUAAGUUCAACAGACUCUGAAUUUCAUGUAAAUAAUCCUCAGCUAAUCAUUGACAAAGCAUGUUCUUCCCAUGAAGAUAGUUUCAUACAAUUUAUCAGUGAGAGCAAAGAUAAUUCGUAUAAUUUUAACGAGAAGACAGUUCACCAGUUACAAUCCCAAUCCUCUUUUGAGAUGAAAGUAAAAGUGAUGUUGUGUAUACAGAUGGAAUAUUGUGAUUGUGAUCUUAGGCUUUGGUUAGAAUACAGGGCAGAAGGUCAAGAACUACCCUUCCAGAAAGAUGUUAUAGAUAUUUUUAAAGAUAUUUUAAAUGGAGUUGCCCAUAUUCAUUCCAAAUCUAUUAUUCACAGAGACUUAAAACCUCAAAAUAUAUUCUUCUCAAAAAAAAGUAAUAGUAUGAAAAUUGGCGAUUUUGGACUAGCAACUCUUGCUGAAUGCUCAUCAGAUGAAACAAGUGGUGUUUCUUCUACCAAAUAUAGUGCAAACCUUGGUACUGCUCCAUAUGCAGCACCCGAACAACAGAAACAAAGCAGAUAUAAUUCUAAAGUUGACAUAUAUAGCUUGGGAAUCAUCUUAAUUGAAUUACUUCUUGUGCUUAAAACUAAAAUGGAACAUCAAAGAGUCAUUGAAAAAGUUCUUAAAGGGGAAUUACCAUCAGAAAUGUCAGAAAAAUGGCCAGGACUUUCUCAAUUGGUACAGAAUAUGGUACAAAGAAAACCAGAGAAUCGUAUGUCUGCUACAGAAAUUUUGGAGCAUUCUGUGUUUCUUGAACAUAAAGGGAAGAAGGAUUUACAGUUGAAAGAUACACUAAUUAAGAAGGAUGAAGAGAUAGAACAACUGAAGGUAAAAGUGGAAGAAUUGGCAAAGAAAGAUGAAGAGAUUGAACAGUUGAAGGCAAAAGUGAAAGAACUAGAACAACUGAAAGUAAAAGUGGAAGAAUUCGCAAAGAAAGAUAAAGAGAUUGAACAAUUGAAGGCAAAAGUGAAAGAACUAGAAACAGAAAUCACACGACUGAAAUGCGUGAACUAAGACAUUGAGAGAAAUAUUUUUACUCUUAUAAAUAUUUUAGUCAUUACUGUGAUAUUUUAUGUUUUUAAUAAAAUAAUUUUCUUUUAUA